CACAUCUGCACUUCAGAUUGAGGCGUGGUCAGUCAGAGUUAACAGGUGGGCGAGUCAGUGCAGCUGCAGUCACACUCCAUCCUGCAGGAUACCUACAACCACAGCGUGUUGUCUCUCCGGUGGAUUCACACACACACACACACACACACACAUCUGCUUCAACAUGCCGAAGUGCCCAAAGUGCCAGAAGGAAGUUUACUUCGCCGAGAGGGUGACAUCACUGGGCAAGGACUGGCACAGGCCCUGUCUGAAGUGUGAGAAGUGCAGCAAGACACUGUCAGCAGGCUCACAUGCAGAGCAUGAUGGCAAACCAUACUGUAACAACCCGUGCUACAGUUCAUUGUUUGGACCUAAAGGAUUUGGACGUGGUGGAGGAGAGAGUCACACAUUUACAUCCAAGUAGAAAGGUGCUGUAAAAUGUUGCCUGGAAACUAGAUCGAAGACGCCAACAGUCUCAACACGAGUCCCAAUAAAAAAAAACAACAAACCACGUGUGCUCUCAUUCAGAAGCAACAUUUUCUCUGUUUUGUGUAGAUGGAUUGUCUAUUCCCAUGAUACCAUGAUGAAGAGGUUGGCAUCUAGUCUCUUCCUGUUUUUGUGGUGGAAAAACCUAAUAAAAACUUUUUAAAUUUG